AUGAUUUCCCUCUUACUAUUUUGUUUGAUGUAACAAUAAGCAACUGCUGCAUGCAGCCCAACUGAUCCAACACUUUGUGAUGCAGAAACAGGUUGCGGUUGGUGGACAGAUGGAGGGUGUUAUGAAUGUUCCUAAUGGAAUUAAGCUGAUUGUGAAAAUAUGUGUGGAUGGUAUAAUUCGGCUUGCAUAUCAUGCCCCAGUGUGCCAACUGCAUCAUGCAUUUCAUCAGGAUGUGGUCUUUCCACUAGCAAUUAGUGCAUAAAUUGUGCAGGACUAAAUAGCUCAGCAUGCCCUAACUACAUUGGAUGCUAUCUUAAAGAUGGAAAGUGCUAUCCAGUAAUAUUUACAGCCUAAUCUAAUUGCGUGUCACCAUAUUUAUGGAUUAAUUCAAAAUGUUAAAUUACAGCUUGUAAUUCAACGAAUAAAAAGAGCUGCAUAUGUGGAACAUCUAAUUUAGCAGUUUGUGGCUCGUCAUAAAGUUGCCAAGAUUUCUCAGCGUCUACUGGAAAGUGUUUAUAAAAAUGUUCUUAAAAUUUAAAUUCAAAUUCUUGCCUUUGUGGAAACGAUAAUGUAGAAUGUCUUAGCACUACAUAUUGUUUAGACAUUGCAGCUACAUCAGGAUAAUGCAAGUAGCCUUGUUAAGGAUCAAAUAUUUCAGAUUGUAUAUGCGGAACUUCCUAUUGUGAUUCAAAUAUGUUGUGCAAGAAUAAUUCAUGUGUAGCUGCUUGUUCAUCAAUUUAUUAAAAUAAUUGUUCUUGUGGAAGAACAUCAAAACAAGAUUGUAGUUCAACAACUUAUUGCUAAGAUCCUAAUGCAACAAAUGGAGUUUGUGUUAAUUAAUGUUAAGGUUCAACAGUAAAUAAUUGUGCUUGUGGAUCUCAAACGCUUUCAUAUUGUAGUGCAACUUAAAGAUGUGAAGAUGUAAUGGCAAAUUCAGGUAAUUGUUUGAAUAUAUGUACUACUAAAUUGUAAAAUAAUUGUUCUUGUGGUUAAAGUCAAUUUAGCAAUUGUAAUAAUUCUUAAUAUUGUGUGGACCCUACUGCUACUAAUGGAUAAUGCUAUGAAAAUUGUACAAAUAGUAUAAGAUAAAAUUGUAUUUGUGGUGUGGCAACAAAAUCAGUUUGUUCAAAUUAACAAAAAUGCGAAGAUCCAACUGCUAAUAACGGUAAUUGUAUUUCAACACCUAAUUGUAUUAAUAAUCUUGAUAAAUCGUGUUUAUGUGGUUUAACUUAGAUUUCUGAAUGUUCUUAAUCUACUUAUUGUAUUGAUGUAACUGAUUAGAAAGGAGUUUGCUUAUAAAGUUGUAAUCAAAAUUAAAAAUCUGAUUGCGUUUGCGGUUCAACUUAAAAAAUAGUCUGUUCUAAAACUUAAGUAUGUUAGAAUCCGAAUGAUGCGGAUGGGAUUUGUAUAGAAAAAUGCGUUCGUAAUUUACAAACAAACUGCAUCUGUGGUAAUUCAGCAACUCCUUUUUGUGGUUCAAACGAACAUUGUCAUGAUAUUUAAUAGCUAACAGGUACCUGUGUUUAAUAAUGUAAUUAAUUCCAAAGCAAUUGUGUUUGUGGAUCAUCAUACUUAUCAAAAUGUUCAUCUACAACAUAUUGUUCAUCAAAAUAAGAAGGAGUUUGUUUAGAAAUUUGUACUCAUUAAUCUUCCAAUUGUAUUUGUGGAAAUAAAGUCAAAAAGGUCUGUUCAAACUAAGAAAAAUGCAUUGAUCCAUAUUCCGAUAAUGGGGUUUGUAAUUAAGGUACUUGCACAUAAUAAUUUUAAUCUAAUUGUACUUGUGGUAUAAAUAAUCCAGACUAUUGUAAUAAAAAUUAAUAUUGUUUGGACUUUACAGCACCAAUGGGAGCUUGUUAUGAAAAAUGUAUUUAAAAUCAAAAUAAUUGUUUAUGUGGAAUGGAUUCUUUUGAAAUAUGCUUUGAAUCAUCAUAUUGUAUUUUGUAAUCCAAAGGUUUUUGUAUCCCACAAUGUACUUCAACUAAUUAUCAAAAUUGUUUGAUAUUAUCUGAAAACCUAACUUGUCUUGAUUAAUAUGAUACCAUCUAUGAUGAUAUCACUCGAAAAUGUGUGCCAACUUGCAAAGAAAAUGGCUAAUCCAAUUGUUUUUGUGGUAAUAAGUAGAAUGGUUUAGAUAUAAAAUUGAUUUGCUAAUCUGGUUUUCAAUGCUAAAAUCUUGAUACAAACUAGAGUGGUUGCUUAGAAAAAUGUACAAUUAAUAAGACAUCAAGUUGUUAUUGUGGAUAAGAAAAAUCCCAAUAUUGCAAUGAAAAAGAGACUUGUCUAGAUGUGACUUAAUAAAUAGGUUCAUGCAAAUCAUCUUUAGAUGUUUCAUAAGUUGAUUAUUCCACAAGUCUAUAAAUAGGGUUGUUUGCGAUAAUCUGCCUAUUCAGUAUAAUUUGA